CAUCAUGGGUUCCUCCGGCAACGGAAUAAGUUCCGAAAUUCCGGUGGAAACCUCUUCGGUCGCCAUGGUUGUGCCAUCCUCACCACUACCCUUCGGGGCAAGUGCGGGGGCCGCAACCAUGACGUCGUUCUCAAUGCCGAGCUCGAUCUUCGGGUCGGCCCCUCGACCCAUUCCCGGGCUCGAAACCACGGGGGAUCACCCCGUCGCAAGAUCCCCCCAGCCCAAUGAAGCCAACGACCCCCUCAUGGCGAUGGUGAACCAAGCAUGGUACCACAACAACUAUCUCGCCAUCAACAUUAUCCUUGAGGGGUUGGGAGAUUCGUUGUACCCCGUCUACGCCAGUGCAACGCUUACCAAGGAGCUUUGGAAUAGCUUGAACAAAAAGUAUCAAGCUGAAGAUGCCGGCACGGAAAAGUUCAUCGUCGGGAAGAUGCUGGACUACAAGAUGGUCGACAGCAAAUCGGUUGUCGCCCAGGCUGAGGAGCUUACGGUAAUCUUCAACAAAUGCAAUGAAGAAAAAGUAGGCGUCAGCAAGGCCUUCCAAGUGGCGGCCAUCAUCCACAAACUUCCCAGGUCGUGGGAAGACUUCCAAGCCUACCUCAAGCUCAAGAGAACGGAGCUAAACCUGGAGCAACUGCUCACGCGGUUGAGGAUCCGAGAGGAAGGGCUUGCUAGAAGAGGUGGAGGGGCAAAAGCGAAUGUUGUAAAACAUCCGUCGGGCUCUUCACAUGGCGGGAAGGACAAGAAAAAAAUGGGUCCUAAGGGUGGUGUUUCUAAAUUUGCAGGAAAGUGCUACAAUUGUGGCAUUACUGGACAUCGUUCCUCCGAUUGUAGGAAAAAGAAGCCACAAAAGGGAAAGAAGAAAACCACUGAAGCCAUGUGUGCAGAGCUUGACAACUUGGACCUCUGCGCGGUUGUCACCGAGGUGAAUCUCGUCGGGUCAAACCCGAGGGAAUGGUUUAUGGACACAGGAGCCACACGCCAUAUUUGCUCAAAUCGGAGCAUGUUUCACGACUUCCAAGAGACCUCCGGUGACAAGAUAUACUGGUCAUUCGUUUUGAGAGAGCUGGCAAUUCAAUUUCGGGAAGCGCCAAAGUGCAUUCUGGAUACCUCUGACAAAUCCAAGCAUGGAGGAACUUGGCUCCCUGGUUCAGUUCUUAAUAUUGCCGAAUGUUGCUUGAUGCCAAGUAGUUACCACAAAAAGCAUGACGACAGCUUGGCCAUUGUAUGGAGGAAUGAAGGGCAUGAUGAUGAGGAUGUUAGUUGCAUGUCAUUGAAAGAGCUCCGAGAUAAAGUGAUGUUAGUGGCAAAUGCUCUUGAUUCACAUUUCUCAAAGGGAGAUACUAUUGCCAUUGACAUGCCAAUGACUGAAAAAGCAGUCAUUAUUUACUUGGGAGUUAUACUUGGAGGAUUUUCUGUUGUGUCCAUAGCUGAUAGUUUCGCUCCCAAGGAAAUAGCGACCCGUUUACGCAUUUCCCAGGCUCGGGGUAUCUUUACUCAGGAUUUUAUUGUGCGAGGAGGCAGGAGGUUUCCUUUAUACAGGUAAAUCCCUAAAUGAAUGCCGAAGUAUGAUACUAGACGAGUAUAUUAAUGUGCUGCGUCUCAUUCUAGACGAGUUAUCUUGCUUUUGUGGUGCUUGUCUUAUUUAUAUCGGCCUUUCUUUCUAAUUUUAGCCAAGUUAUCAUGUGCGUGUGAUGCUUUUCUUCUUAGUCGUGUUGUAGAAGCUGCUCCAAAGAAAGUCAUUGUUAUCCCUGCCAUUGGAGAUGAUGUUCAAGUUCUGCUGAGGCAUCAAGAUUUGUCAUGGAAAAGUUUUACUGCUAGUCCUCAUGACCCUCCUAGACCAAGUUAUUACACACCGGUUUACCAACCAAUAGACUCUAUCACCAAUAUACUAUUCUCUUCUGGAACAACAGGAGACCCAAAAGCAAUACCUUGGACUCAACUCUCCCCCAUGCGAGCUGCUGCAGAUUCGUGGGCUCAUUUUGAUGUCAAAGCUGGAGAUGUCUUUUGCUGGCCUACAAAUUUGGGAUGGGUUAUGGGGCCUACGUUAGUAUAUGCCUGCCUCUUGACUGGUGCUACUAUGGCCCUCUAUCAUGGAUCUCCUUUAGGUCGUGGUUUUGGAAAAUUUGUUCAGGAUUCAAGGGUCACUGUUCUGGGAACAGUCCCAAGCUUGGUGAAGGCUUGGAAAAGCACAGACUGUAUGAAAGGCCUAAACUGGACUAGGAUAAGGUACACUGAAUUUUCAUCAGCCUUUUAUUGAAGUAUUAAAACACAAAUAUCUAGCAAAUGGUAUAUAUUGACUUCACGGGGUUAAAGAAAAGUUUCAAAAAAUGAAAAGCAUGUGGUUGCGAUUUGUUUAGAAGAGAGAUAAAUGUUGUGAGUCAUAUAUUCUUUCUUUUUAGAGGGGAAAGAAAUGUAACUUUUAUUG